UCUAUCUUAUAUCUAACUCUGUUAGAUGUUUGAGCUCAUGAUUUGAGUGGUGCUAACUAUUUUUGUGCGGCACUUGGAGAGCUCAUGUGUAUUACUUUGUUAGUUGAACAAGUUUUCAGCUCAAACCGAAGCAAUAAAAGUAUUAACCAAUGUCUUUGUAGAUGAUUGUUGUGGGUUCUGAUGGAUGGUUAUACCUCUUAUAUAUUGCUUCCUAAGUGCCUAGUAGCAGCACUCGGGAAUUUUUUGUUUGCAUGUAUAUGCUCUAUAUCUUGUGUCGGCAGUUUGGUUUCUGUUCAUCUUCUUGCUAUUUCAUGAUAUUUGGUUGUUUCUGUUCAUCCUCUUGCUAGUUCAUGAUAUUUGGUUCUUAUUCUAUCAGUUUGAAUUCCAAAAAUUUGUGUAUAAAGGAAAGUCCGUUUCCCAUUUUCUCGGAUUAUCCUGAACCUUAGACCCAAGUUAGUUUGCCAGUUUUGUUUUAGCAGGUUCGUGCCAGUUUUGUUUUAGCAGGUUCGUGCAUAAACUUGGGGAAGUGUUUUCUUUUUUCUUUGAUAUUAUGGUAUAUAUGGUCAUGUUUCCUUGUAGCUUAGAAAGUAAUCACAACGUUGGUUAAUUAUUAACAAAUAUUAGCAAAGACACAAGAAGAAGAAGGUGAAAAAUGUAUUGUGUAUAUUUUCCAUUGCUAUUCUUAAAUUCUUGUCAUAUAUAUAUAUAUACAAAGGAAUUUUACCUACAGCUCGUCGUAUCUAUCAAAUCUUCCAAAAUGCAAGAAUUCUUAAUAGAAUGAUAUUUACACUAUGAGUCACUAAUUCUAGAAGAAUGUAAAAUAACGUUGACACCUUUACUGAUGUUGCUGCCACCGCCAACAUCGGAGGCCUCAUUGGCACCGGCAUCAACGUCACUGGCUCCACCAUUGACACCCUCACCGCCUUCUUAGGCCGCAGUGUCUCCCUCCAGCUCAUCAGUUCUACUCAAUCCGAUGAGAAUGGCAACGGAAAAGUUGUAAAGGAUACAUUUCUGGAAGGUAUUAUUGCGUCGUUACCAACCUUAGGAGCUGGAGAAUCUGCAUUCAGCAUUCAUUUUGAAUGGGACGAUAACAUGGGAAUCCCUGGUGCAUUUUACAUCAAGAACUAUAUGCAAGUUGAGUUUUUCCUCAAGACCUUAACUCUUGAAGAUGUUCCAAACCAAGGAACCAUCCAUUUUGUUUGCGACUCUUGGGUUUACAACUCUAAACUCUACAAAUCCCCACGCAUUUUCUUCUCCAACAAGCCAUAUCUUCCAAGUGAAACACCAGCUCCACUUGUUAAGUACAGAGAAGAAGACCUGAAAAAUUUAAGAGGUGAUGGAAAAGGAGAGCGUCAUGAGCAUGAAAGAAUUUAUGAUUAUGAUGUCUACAAUGAUUUGGGGAAUCCGGAUCGGAACGAAAACCAUGCUCGCCCCAUUCUUGGAGGUUCUACCACUUUACCUUACCCUCGCAGGGGAAGAACUGGUAGAUAUCCUGCAAGAAAUGAUCCUAACAGCGAGAAACCAGGGGAUGUUUAUGUUCCUAGAGAUGAAAACUUUGGACACUUGAAAUCUUCGGACUUUCUUGCAAAUUCAAUAAAGUUUUUGACUCGGUUUGUGCUGCCAGCUUUUGAAUCUGUGUUUGAUAUGAAUUUGACCCCAAAUGAGUUUGAUAGCUUCCAAGAUGUUCGUGAUCUUUAUGAAGGCGGAAUUAGGCUACCUACGGAAGUAAUUAGCACAAUUAGCCCCUUACCUGUCAUCAAAGAACUCUUCCGUACCGAUGGCGAACAAGUCCUCAAGUUUCCACCACCUCACGUCAUUCAAGUGAAUAAAUCUGCAUGGAUGACUGAUGAAGAAUUCGCAAGAGAAAUGAUUGCUGGUGUAAAUCCUUGCAUGAUUCGUAGUCUUCAAGAGUUUCCUCCGAAAAGCAAUUUGGAUCCCACAAUCUAUGGUGAUCAAAACAGUAAGAUAACUGCAGAAGUUCUUGAUCUUGAAGGGUGCUCACUAGAAGAGGCAAUUAAUGGUCGGAGACUAUUUAUAUUAGAUUACCAUGAUGUGUUCAUGCCAUAUUUGAGGCGAAUAAAUGAUACCUAUGCAAAGGCAUAUGCCACUAGGACUAUCCUUUUUCUGAAAGAGGAUGGAACACUGAAGCCAGUGGCCAUUGAAUUAAGCUUGCCACAUCCUGAUGGAGAUGAAUCAGGUGCUACCAGUAAAGUUAUCUUACCUGCAAAGGAUGGUGUUGAAAGCACAAUUUGGCUACUAGCCAAAGCUUAUGUCAUAGUAAAUGACUCAUGCUACCAUCAACUCAUGAGCCAUUGGUUGAAUACUCAUGCAGUUAUUGAGCCAUUUGUGAUAGCAACAAACAGACAGCUAAAUGUGAUUCACCCAAUUUAUAAACUUUUAUCUCCACACUACCGUGACACUAUGAACAUCAAUGCACUUGCUAGGCAGAAUCUGAUUAAUUCUGAUGGCAUAAUAGAAAGAACCUUCUUGCCCUCCAAGUUUUCUCUGGAGAUGUCUUCAGCUGUUUAUAAGAACUGGGUUUUCACUGAUCAAGCACUACCUGCUGAUCUCAUCAAGCGAGGAAUGGCAGUGGAGGAUUCAUCUUCUCCUUAUGGAAUUUGUCUUGUAAUAGAGGACUACCCUUAUGCUGUUGAUGGACUAGAGAUAUGGUUUGCCAUUAAGGAAUGGGUUCAAGAUUAUGUCUCAUUGUACUAUCCAACAGACAAUGAUCUCAAAAUAGAUCCUGAACUCCAAAAUUGGUGGAAAGAAGCUGUUGAGGUAGGUCAUGGUGAUUUGAAAGAUAAGCCAUGGUGGCCAAAGAUGCAGACAGUUGAAGAGUUAGUUGAAUCAUGCACAACCAUAAUAUGGACCGCGUCGGCGCUCCAUGCAGCCGUUAAUUUUGGACAGUAUCCAUAUGGAGGGCUUAUACUGAACCGUCCAACACUUAGCAGAAGAUUGCUUCCUGAACAAGGCACUGCAGAGUAUGAAGAGAUGGUGAAGAGUCACCAAAAGGCUUAUCUGAGAACAAUUACACCGAAAUUAGAGACUCUUAUUGACCUUACAACCAUAGAAAUCUUAUCAAAACAUGCUUCUGAUGAGGUGUAUCUUGGAGAGAUGGAUAAUCCACAUUGGACAUUUGAUUCAAGAGCAUUACAAGCAUUUCAGAGAUUUGGGAACAAACUGAAUGAGAUUAAGGAGAAGCUAACACAGAAGAACUAAGAUGGGAGACUGAGUAAUAGAAUUGGGCCAGUUGAAUUGCCAUACACUCUGCUUCAUCCUACUAGCAAUGAAGGGUUGACUUUUAGCGGAGUUCCAAACAGCAUCUCUAUCUAAAUGCAGGGAAUAAUAUAAUGAAUUAAUAAUGUGUGGUUUCUUAGCUUUUUCAAGUCUUAUAUAUCAUGUGUAUUAGUAAUGUGCUACAUUAUAUUUGAAUAAUGUGCUUCUGGUUUUCACUUUUCAAAUAAUAGCAAGAGAUGACAGUUGUGUGUGUGGAAAAUUUUGUCAUGUUUAUGAGUUAGGACUUCCAUCCGAAAAACUCCUACUAUAU